ACUCUCUCCUUUUCCCUUCACCCCUUUAGAAAACCAUUUCAAUACUGCUCCUCAAUGGCAUCAAGCUCAAUGUCUUCGCGUAACUCUGGCUCCUCUUGGACCGCCAAGCAGAACAAGGCCUUCGAGAAGGCUCUAGCCCUUUACGACAAGGACACCCCCGACCGCUGGUACAAUGUUGCUAGGGCUGUCGGAAACAAGACUCCCGAGGAAGUCAAGAGGCACUAUGACCUUCUUGUGGAAGAUGUGAAGCAUAUCGAGUCCGGCCAAGUUCCUUUCCCGGAUUACAGGACUUCUGGUGGGAGUGGGAACAUCGGUCAUGAUGAGGAAAAGAGGAUGAGGAACCUGAAGCUCCACUGAUGCAGCAGCACAAGAUGUCUCCAUGUACCGACUAGUUAAUGAAUAAAGACUCAUCGCUAGCUGGAUCUUCUGAUUCGUUUAAUUCGAUGACGACGCUGUGGUAUAGUACUAAGUACAGUUUCUAGUAGUUGAUCGAAGUUAUCACAAACCCGUGAUUCUUCUGUGUUGUUAAUUAGAUUGCCGCUUUCUUAAUUUGUUGCUAUAAACAAUUAAUCCUAUAUAUGCAUGUAAUAUAGCUAUGUACUCUGAAUUUCCAAGUGUAAGAUUCAGCUUAAGCUGCUCUAUGGAAUCUUAUAAGUUUGUAUCAAAUACUA